AUGGAAACAAAACACACUACCUUUCUUCUCCAUCUCUUCUUCUUCUUCACACUCCUUAACCUCCUCACAUCUCCAAUCAACGGCGCCUCCCUCAAUGCAACGGCACCCUCUCCAUCGCCAUGCACAGGCUCAAUAGCCGAAUGCAACAGAGACUUGGAGAUGCUGAUGGAAUCAGACAUCAGCAGAAGGUUUCUUGAACAGAAGAGAUACAUCUCACCGGGCGCUCUCAAGCCCGACCAGCCUGUUUGCAACGGCGGAGCAGCAGGCCAGCCUUACUCCAGAGGCAGCGGCUGCAUCCCCGAGCCAUCCAAUCCUUACCACAGGGGAUGCUCCAGAUACUACCGAUGCAGGGAUGAUGCGUGA